AUGUCCGGAUACGCACCAGCCUACCCAAGCGGCAGCGCACCAGGGCCAUCCAGCGACGCCCAGGCAGCGUCAACCUCGACCGACCCAUACGCCCCCUUCUACUUUUGGGACGCCACCACCAACCAGUGGGCAUUCGACUACAACUCCUACUACGCCGCCUACGGCUACCCCGCCGACUACGCCGACCCCAACGCCAUGCCAUCCGCCUCCACACAGGCAGCCUACGACCCCUACGCCGCCAACGCAGCGUACGGCGCGGAUCCAAACGCCAUCUUCGGCCCCGCCUACCCCGUCGAUCCAAACGCACCACCGCAAACGGUCGAGGCGGGCAAGCAGGAACCGAUCAGAGACGAGAACGGCAGGAUCAUCCCGGGAAAGCUCAAAAAGGGCGAGACCAGGGAGACGGUGCUCCGCAAGGGCGCAGGAAAAGUGUGGGAGGACCAGACGCUCCUCGAAUGGGACCCAUCCCACAAGCGGCUCUUCGUCGGCGACCUCGGCAACGACGUAUCGGACCAGACGCUCUCGGCCGCCUUUGAAAAGUACCCCUCGUUCUCAAAGGCGCGCGUCGUCCGCAAAAAGGACGGAAAGGGCCGGGGCUACGGCUUCGUCGCCUUUGCCGACCCGGAAGACUUUCUGCGCGCGUGGAAGGAGAUGGACGGCAAGUACAUCGGCUCGCGGCCCUGCCGGCUCAAAAAGGCCACCGAGGAGGUCAAGGCCGUCACGAUUGGCGCGAGGAAGGACAAGAUGCUCGCCAUCAGCGCCAAGCUCGACCAGGAGGCGUACAAGACGAAAAUGGGCGGCGCCAUCGGCAAGCACCUGCGCAGGCAGGGCGGGUCGGGCAAGCCGUACGCAAAGUGA